AUGAACAAUUCCUCCGAAGAGGAUGAUGUGGAGAAGGAAGUAGCAUUCCUUGCAAAGAACUUCCGAAAAUUUCUGAAGAUGAAAAACAGUGAGAAGCCUUUCAGCAAAGGAAAGUUUUCAUCCUCCAAGGGCGAUAGGAAGGAGUUUAAGAAGAAAGAUGGAAAGGAGUUUCAAUCCUCUCAAGGAAUUACACUGAAGGAGAAUGUGAUAGUGAAGGGAAUUAUAGGGCAUUUAUGGCGAUUCUUAGUUGAUUCAAAAGAUGUCUUGAGCAAUUUGGUUGAGGAACUUGGUAAUAUUUCUGAAGAUGAGGAAAUUGAAGAAUUCGAAGAUGAAGAUGUAUGCCAAAAUGAAGGGGAGAACAACCUUCAAGAAGCCUAUGAUUCUCUGCUGGAAUAUUGUGGCAAAUACGCCAAAGUUGCUAACCUUGCUGUGAAAAAGAUGAAAAAGAUUGAAGAAGAGCAUAAGGGUAUACUUGUGCAACUUAAGGAAUCAAAGUGUGAAGAAGAAAGACUUAAAGGAGAGUUCUUUGCAACUUACUCUAAGAUCAAGUUUCUCAAACUUGAAAUUAUUCAAGCAAAUGUCAAGGUUGAGCGUAUCUCCACCAAGAAACUUGACAAUGUGCUAUCUUCUCAAAAAUCUUCACAUGAUAAGACCGGUUUGGGUUAUACUGGAGAAGGAAGUUCGAGCAGCGAACCCAAGAAGGAAGUGAAGUUCGUUUCAGCCAAAAAUGUUGAGAAACUUAAAAAAGUGAAGCCUGAGAUUGAGACCCCUGCUGUAGUAAUGAGAACCAUUGGUGCAAAGUCAAAGGAAAAAGAGAAGUCAUUACCCAAAAAUCAAAGGGGGCCUCAAGCAAAGCAUUUGUGUUAUCAUUGUGGCGCACAAGGACACAUAAGGCCAAAUUGUUUCAAGCUUCAUGCACUCAAAAAGGCUGAUUCGAUGCGUGAUCAAGAAACUUCAAGGAGAGGACCAAGGGGAGCAUAA